AUGCCAUCCAGAACCCUCCCUACCUUUUCGCGAGCUGAAGUCGAAUCGCAUAGCUCUGCCGACUCCUGCUAUGUUACAAUCGGUAACAAGGUUUACGAUGUGACUGACUUUGCCGACGAUCACCCCGGUGGCAGCAGCCUUGUCUUCGAAUACGCGGGAAAGGACAUUGCCGACAUUCUGAAGGACCCUACCUCCCAUGAGCACUCCGAGGCUGCCUACGAAGUCUUGGACGAUUCACUUGUCGGUUUCGUCACGGAGAAGAGUAUCCCAAAUGGCGAUGCCAACGGGUCCGCCAACACCGAUCAGAACGGCGCCUUUGUCCAUCCUCGUACUGGCAUGUCUUGCGCGGAAGACCUCAGCAAGGACACAGACAUCGGCAUGGAUUAUAAAAAACACAAGUUCUUGGAUCUCAGCAAGCCGCUGUUCCUCCAAGUUUGGAAUGGUGGCUUCUCCAAGGAUUUCUAUCUUGAUCAGGUCCAUCGCCCGCGCCACUACAGGGGUGGCGACUCGGCUCCCUUGUUUGGAAACUUUCUGGAGCCUCUCACCAAAACCCCGUGGUGGGUAGUUCCAACACUGUGGUUACCUUUUGUUGCUUUUGGGCUCUAUAAAUCAGCUGAUGGCCUUCCGGUUAUGCAUGUUGCCGGCUAUUGGGUGUUUGGCGUCUUCUUCUGGACCUUUAUCGAAUACUGCCUGCACCGUUUCCUCUUCCAUCUUGAUGGCUAUCUCCCAGAUAACCGCGUGUUCAUCACCCUUCACUUUCUGCUCCACGGCAUCCACCACUACUUGCCCAUGGACAAGUACCGACUUGUCAUGCCACCAACCCUCUUCGUCGUCCUUGCGACCCCCUUCUGGAGCCUGGCGCACGCCCUUUUCUCCUAUAGCUGGUAUGCUGCUACUGCUGUCUACUGCGGCGGUAUCUUUGGCUACAUUUGCUACGAUCUUACCCACUACUUCUUGCACCACGAGAACCUUCCUUUGUGGUAUAAGCAGCUCAAGAAGUACCACCUUCAGCACCACUUCUUGGACUACGAGCUGGGCUUCGGUGUCACCAGCAAGUUCUGGGACACGAUUUUUGGGACCGAGUUGACUACAUCCAUCAAGACCAAGUGA